AUGUCAUUGCUUGCGAGAUUCAGAGCAUUUCUCAGAAGACUCCGAUUGCGAAGACGGCGUCGUCAAGAGGAGCAGAGAUUGUCGGCCGACUCUGGAAUCGGUUCGGCAGAGCCAAGUGGAUCUGGACCGCAAAGAAGAUCCAUCAGUGAAACCCAUGCGGAUAUUCAAGCCAUUCUGCGUACACUUCACGGAGGCUUGCCGGCGUAUCAGGGUGGAUACGGUGAGUAUCACAUGCAACUGGAGGACUACGUCGGAACACACUUCACAUCAGAACUCAUUUCUGAGAUUCUGCAAAACUUCGAGGUUACAAUACUGGACAUUCCAACGCCCAUGAUGAAUCCAAACAUGGAAUGUUUCUGCAUUUCAUCGCUACAAGUGCUCUUCGCGUGUCCACCAUUCGUCGAGUUCGUCAGAACAAAUGGGCUGGACACUGUUGUCCAAAAUGAAAAUGAUCCAGUCAUUCGUCAAGCUCAAAUUGAUCGAGCCGUGAAAUCGAUUUUUGCACAGUACUUGGUCGGAUCCCCCAUCAUUCACUGCACGCCGCUUCUUCAUCUUGUUACCAACGUGAAUGAACAGGAUGCUGAGGAGUUCUUCCAAACACUUCAUGGCUUAUACUGCUCGGAGAGCUUGCCACUGCCGAAGCAGAUAACUCUAUGGACUUGCGAUUCAUGCAACUCCGUCACUAUCUCGGAUCCGGAGCCGUCCAUCUUCAACCUUCCAACGCGACUCCCUGGCCAGGACCGUACGAAUAUGAUGAAUCUGGUUUUCCAUAAGACCGGAUUUGAAACAGAAAAAAGGAUCUGCAAGUUCUGUAAAGACUUCAGUGAUGGUUUCGUCCACACAAAGUAUUGUUUUUCCAAUAUUCUUCGUGUCUACGGUCAUACGGAUGGAAGCCAUGCGGAGUUUGAAGAAGUAGUGGACUUGACGGAGCUCGACAACACUGGAGAGCCGAGCAUGUGGCAGCUGGCCGGUACUGUUUACUACAGGAGUUUCGGAAAUGCUAGCUCAGACAACAGGCGCUCCUGCGACGGACAUUAUACAGCCGUCGUCCAUCACAAAAAUCGCCGGGUUCUCAUGGACGAUGGAAAAAGACCAAUGGUAGUUCCCGCCGACUCUGAUGUCCCAUAUUUUUACGGGGAGCCAUAUUAUGCUGUGUAUUAUAAAAUGAACUGGAUGGAAAGUCAAGGAGGAGGCCAGAAUCAAUAA